ACAGGCGUGCGUCGCUGUUACCGCGCGUAUCGCUCCCGCUAGCGCAUCCGCUCCGCUAUGAAGGUGAAAGUCAAAGGCGCCCGUGCCAAAAACAUGGACAAGCUGAUCGCGGCCGUCCAAGCCCGCGAAUGCUUGUGGGACAAAAGCUACAGGGGGCACAGGAAUCGGUUCAAGUUGGAGCGGUAUUGGAACGAAGUGGCCGCUGAGGUUGGGACUACGAGUCUAAAUUGCAGAAAGAAAUGGAAAAACCUCAAGGACCAAUGUCGAAAAGAAAUGAAAAAGAACCCAAACGUAUCCGAAUGGCCACAUUUUCAAAAACUAAAAUUCAUACAUCACCAAUUUUUAGCUGAAGAUGAAGAAGGUGAUGAAGAUACCACCGACGAAGUGUUUAACUCUUUAGAUGAAUCUAUAAAAAGACCAAAACUUGGAUAUACAAUGAGAAAAAAGUUACUUAUGAACAAAAGACGAACGAUUGACGUUGAUAUGAAUAAAUUGAUUGAUCUUGUACAAGCGAGAGAUAUCAUAUGGAAUAGACAAUUGAAAGGACAUCAUAAUUGGUAUAAGUUGGAUGAAAGUUGGAAGGAGAUUUCUAAAGAGUUAGGAGUUACGCGAGACGAAGCGAGAUUGAAAUGGAAAUAUCUAAGGGACCAAGCAAGAAAAGAAGUUCGUAAACAAGGUUCAGAAUGGGAGUAUCUUCCGAAACUUCAGUUCCUAACCAAUCAGUUUAAUGAUUACGAAGGAAACGACACUGCCGAUGACCAUUUCAAUCAAGAUACGGACUUCGAUACAACAGCUGAUCAGAGCAGUAGCUUCUAUAUGGAACCAACAACAACACCAACACCGAACGACGUUAGCGUCAAAGAUGAUGAAUUUGAUGAAUUCGACACAAAACCCAUAAUCAUGGAGACCGAUUUCUAUGAUGAUGACGAUGAAGCUCAAAAAAGUGUUGGUAAUAGCAAUGACGCCCCUGAAGUGACAAAAGAUGAAGAUAUAGGUUUCUUUAAUAGUCUCAUACCGCAUGUGAAAAAAUUGGGACCAGCAAAGAAAUUGAUGUUACGAAUGAAGAUACAAGAAUUGGUGUAUAAUACGGUGUAUAAUGAAACCUAGGACAUGCUUAAUAAAGAAGACCUUGAGGUGCUUCUUUUGAACAAUCUUUAAAUGUGAAGUAAAUGUAAUAUUAUUCUUUAAAAGUUAAAAGUGAAAAUAAUAGAGAUGACCAUUAUAUAGUGUUGAGAAUAGCUAAGUGUUGAGUUCUGGAAAUAUUUAAUAAGUUGAUACUGUUUAUUUUAACUCUGUCUAUUUAACAAUUUGACUUUCAUUGCUAAUCAAUGUACAAAUACAGUAAUUAGUUAUUUAAAUCAAAA